GUUAGCACAGCGCGGAGGUCAGAAACCUACCGGGAGAGUGGGGGAAAUACAGCCAGGAAUCUAUUUGACUGAAAAAACGACAAGCGAGAGAACAUGACAGAGCUGCCAGCCUGCAUUCUCUGCUGCUCAUCCUUGUUUGUCUGCAGAGUCCUGUCUGCUUCUGCCCAGCGCUAUCGCUUUACAUGCCUCCCCUCCUCCCAGCUUGGCUCAGCUGCCAAAUUGCAACCAAGAGACUCUCCUAGGAAUCAAGGCAUAUCCACGUGUGGCGGAGCGGCUUAAGAAUACCCUUCACGCUGCUGCUAGUGAACAGAAUGUAAGAGGGGACACGCCGACUGAUUGUCCUCUUCUUCCCCCGCCUCCCGACCAGAGACGAGCAGCACGGUACGAAACAAAGCGUCCAGCCACAAAGUCCCGCUUCAAGGUCCCAUGGACACGCCGCCCGUUCAGCGUUUCAGAAAGAGCAGCUCGAGAAAGGAGACUGUUGUGGGAACUCUCCCACCUGAAAACUCCCCCCCGGUGAAGCCGAAGCCGUCCAAGGAGCUGAAACCCAUGAUCGGUGCAAUAGUCGUGGGGCUCAUCCUACUCAUCGCGGCGGUGGUGGCCUGGUGCUAUUACACGGCGUCACUGAGGAAGGCGGAGCGGCUCAAGACGGAGCUGAUGGACCUGCGGAAGGAUGGGUUCGUCAUCAAAAACCAGCAUGGAGAGGUGGUCUUCAGACUGGCCUUCCAGUCGGGCAGCCUCGACCUGGAGUCCUGCUCGAAAGAAGGGGAGAUUUUAACCUGCACCAGGUCGGACAAAGGGAAGCUGAAUUUCUUCAUUCAGACGGUCAAGCCCAAGGACACGGUGAUGUGCUACCGCGUCCGCUGGGAGGAGUUUGUGGCGGACACGGCGGUGGAGCACACCAUGUUCUGGGAGGACGCUCACUGGUACGGGGGCUGCGAAAUGAGCGUCCAGCACUGGCCAAUCAGGCUCCCCGGGUACCAGGAGCCCACGCCCUUUGUGACGAGCGACGUGUAUUCCUUCAGGGACAGCUUUGGAGGCAUCUUGGAGAGGUACUGGCUGUCCUCGAAAGCAGCGGCCAUCAAGAUCAACGACUCGGUGCCCUUCCACCUGGGGUUCAACGCCAGCAAGCGGUCGCUCUUCUUUCAGGCCAGGUAUAAGGAUUCUCCCUACAAACCUCCCUUGGGCCAGCAGCCUUUCCCGGAGCUGAGCUACCGCGUCUGCGUCGGCUCGGACGUGACUUCCAUUCACAAAUACAUGGUGCGGAGGUACUUUAACAAGCCUUCCAAGAUCCCGUCGGAAAUCGCCUUCCGCUAUCCCAUCUGGUCCACGUGGGCGCUCUACAAAAACGAUAUUGACCAGGAUAAGCUGUUGCAUUUUGCAGAAAAGAUUAAAAAGUACCGGUUUAAUUGCAGCCACAUUGAAAUCGACGACACCUACACACAGACUUACGGAGACUUCGACUUUGAUCCAGUCAAGUUCCCUAAUGUGACUGAAAUGUUCAAGACGCUGAAAAAAGAGGGAUUUAAAGUUACCCUGUGGACGCAUCCCUUUAUAAACUACAAUUCCUCCAAUUUUGGCGUGGGAAUAGAGCGGCAGCUCUUCAUCAAGGAGCCGACGGGGAAACUGCCCGCCAUGGUGAAGUGGUGGAACGGCAUUGGGGCCAUCUUGGAUUUUACCAAUCCCGCGGCCAGGGAGUGGUUUCAGAGCCAGCUGAAACAGCUGCGGUCCAAGUACGGCAUCGCGUCCUUUAAGUUUGACGCCGGGGAGGUCAGCUACCUCCCGAAGCAGUUCAGCACCUUCCGGCCCUUGUUGGACCCCAACAUCUGGUCCAGACGGUACACGGAAAUGGCCGUUCCGUUCUAUGAGCUCGCCGAAGUGCGGGUUGGCUACCAGUCCCAAAACAUCUCGUGCUUCUUCCGCAUCAUCGACCGGGACUCUGUUUGGGGAUAUGAGCUUGGCCUCAAGUCCCUGAUCCCUACCGUGCUCACCAUUAGCAUGCUGGGAUACCCUUUCAUACUACCUGACAUGAUUGGAGGAAACUUUCUCCCCAACAAGACAGAAGGGGCUGUUGAAAUCUCAGACCGGGAGUUGUACAUCCGCUGGCUGGAGCUGUCGGCCUUCAUGCCCUCCAUGCAGUUCUCAAUACCCCCCUGGCUCUAUGACAAGGAAGUGAUCGAGAUUGCACAGAAAUUCACAGAGCUGCAUGAGUCGCUGGUCGCCCCUCUCCUGUUGGAACUGGCUGGGGAGGUCACCGACACAGGAGACCCCAUCAUACGGCCCAUCUGGUGGAUUUCUCCCAACGACAGAUCCACCCAUGAAAUUGACUCCCAAUUCCUCAUUGGGGACACCCUCAUGGUGGCCCCCGUCCUGGAGCUGGGCAAGCAAGAGCGCGAUGUGUACCUCCCGGCCGGCAAAUGGCGCAGUUACAAAGGGGAGCUGUUUGAGAAGACCCCGGUCCUGUUAACGGACUAUCCCGUGGACUUGGAUGAAGUUGCCUAUUUCCUCUGGGUCUUGUAACAACUGGAUCCAUCAGUUUUCAGCUUUGUGUACGGGCCAUGGAUUGAAAAACUGGGAGCGAUUGGUGUCUGAGAUAAACAUGCCUCGUUAUGUGGCUCUCAGUGGCGAUCGUGAUUCCAAUGGCAGAUUAUUAUUCUCGUGGGGUAAGAAAUAGGACAUGUAAAAUAUCUUGGUAUGCAAUUUGUCCGUCAAAAGGUCCAGGUCCAAAGCUUGACUGCUUGGUUGUGGUUUCAUUUUUAGAUAUAUAGAAACACAGUCUAAGAACAUCGGCACGUCCACGCUGGGUCAGACCAAAGGCCUGUUUAGGUCAGUGUCAGCUGUCUACCAACAGCGGCCAGUGCCAGGUGCCCCCAGAGGGAAU